AUGACAGAUUCAAAUGGAUCUUCAGUAAAGAACUAUCCAGGAAAAUUUACGUCUGGAGUUUUUUGCACCUAUGUUGUAACUGCAUUAUAUGGAUUCAUAUUUGGUUAUCAUUUGGGUAUAUCAGGUGGCAUGAGUUCUAUGAAUCCUUUUCUGAAGAAAUUCUUCUAUGAAGCGUAUGAACAAGAGAACAACAUAAAACCCUCCAACAAUCCGUAUUGCAAAUUUGACAGCCAAAUAUUGACAUUAUUCACGUCAUCUCUAUAUUUGGCUGCUUUGAUUGCAUCAGUAUUUGCAUCCUUUCUCACUCGGCUUUUUGGGAGACGCCAUACCCUUAUAUUAGGGGGUGCCUUCUUUUUCGGAGGUGCAUUCUUUGUCUCGGGUGUUGUUGUACAACAUCUUUGGGUGCUAAUUCUCAUCCGCGUCUUAUUUGGUUUAGGAAUUGGAUGUACUCAUCAGUCUCUAUCAAUGUAUAUAUCCGAGGUUCCUCCAUAUCAACAUAGAAGAGUUCUUAAUAUGAUGUUACAAUUGGCAAUUGCUACUGGCAUCUUUGUUGCUAAUGUCUUCAACUACAUUUUUGCGAAGAUGGAGAAUGGAGAAGGAUGGAGUGAUAGCUUUGGAAUUUUUCCUACUCUUUAUAUAUUGUUCACAAUUAUGCUUAUAGAAUCACCAAAUUCUUUGAUUGAACGUGGUCUUCAUGAGAAGGCUAAGAUGGAACUUAUUCAGAUUCGAAAAACAACAGAUGUGGAGGAGGAGUUCAAGGAUCUCGUGGCAGCAAAUGAAUGCUCUAAAGCUGUGAAAGACCCUUGGAUCUCUUUAUUAAAGAGACAGUACAGACCCCAACUCACAUUUGCCAUAGUCAUUCCCUUGUUUCAGCAAUUCACUGGCAUAAAUGUGAUUAUAUUUUAUGCUCCUAUUUUAUUGAAGGCCAUUGGUUUUGGAACCAAUGCUUCUCUCAUGUAUGCCAUGAUCAUCGGAGGCUGCAACGCAAUUGCCACUCUUGUCUCCAUAUUCACCGUUAACAAGUUUAGUAGACGAACUCUUUUCUUAAAAGGAGGAAUACAAAUGUUUAUUUGUCAGAUCGUGAUAAUCGUAGCAAUUGCAUGUAAAUUCGGACUUGAUGGAAACAUAGGAAUGUUGCCAAAGUGGUAUGCUAUUGUGGUUGUGUGUGGCAUAUGUGUGUACGUGGCAGGAUUUGCAUGGUCUUGGGGUCCUCUAGGAUGGUUGGUUCCAAGUGAGAUUUUUUCACUUGAAGUGUGUUCAGCUGCACAAAGUAUCAAUGUCUCUCUGAAUAUGAUGUUCACCUUUGUCAUUGCACAAAUUUUCACCACCAUGCUUUGUCACAUGAAGUUUGGAUUGUUCAUUUUCUUUGCAUGCAUGCUCAUUGUGAUGAACACAUUCAUUUACAAGCUUCUACCAGAGACCAAGGGCCUUUCUAUUGAAGAAAGGCAUGUUAUGUGGCAUAGUCAUCCUUAUUGGAAGAAGUUUGUUAAACCAAUUGAUGUCACUGUUAGUGAUGAGUGUCGUCAAACUGACACAAUCCAACUAUCUCAACUAGUAGUUACAAUAGAAACAAUUCUGGAUGGCCUUGACCUCUACAAAUUUCUCGAUGGGUCUCACCCAACACUAGUAGCCUUCAUCAACAACACUGAUACCCCACCUGUCAGUCAAGCCAACCCCGCGUAUCUUUCCUGGAAACGCCAAGAUCGUCUCAUCUAUGGCGCUCUUCUUACGACUCUCUCGGAUUCCGUUGCUUCGCUGAUUACCCAGACCAAAACCUCCGUUGCUCUCUGGUCAACUCUCAAGGGCACUUUCGCACGUGCCUCUCGUGGACACGUCAAGCAACUCAAGGACUGUUUACACUCCACGGUGAAAGGUACAUUAUCUGUUACAGAUUCAUGA